CUGUGAGCAUUCACCCCGGACAAGAUCUCCACCGAUGCGCGGAGAGCUUGAUAAAUUCUUCUCGCGCUGCUAUACGGGUACAUCGAUUCAUUUCGGUGACUUUAAUGUGUCUUAGCCCCCGCCCGCUUGCGCUGACCUGCGAAGCAAAAGAAACGAACCACUGGGUGAGUGUCAACGAAUCGAGCUCACCCACAGAGUCUUCUCUCCAUGCUGAAAACGUGCAAACGUUUCAGGGCGAGGAGACCGCGGUGGACCGCAGUGAACGUGGUUUUACUGCAGGUAAACGCCCAGCUGAGGACAUGGAUGAGGAGCAGGCCUUCAAACGUUCGCGGAACACAGACGAGAUGGUGGAGCUGCGUGUACUGCUUCAGAGCAAAAAUGCUGGUGCUGUUAUUGGAAAGGGUGGAAAAAACAUAAAAGCCCUACGCACGGACUACAAUGCCAGUGUAUCAGUCCCAGACAGCAGUGGCCCAGAGCGGAUCCUGAGUGUGAAUGCCAGCAUCGACACUAUUGGAGAGAUUCUGCUGAAAAUCAUACCGACUCUAGAGGAGUACCAGCAUUACAGUGGGAUUGAUUUUGACUGUGAGCUUCGCCUGCUGAUCCAUCAGAGCUUGGCAGGGGGCAUCAUUGGGGUGAAAGGUGCCAAGAUAAAGGAGCUGAGAGAGAACACCCAGACCACCAUCAAGUUGUUCCAGGAGUGCUGCCCACACUCCACCGACAGAGUCGUCUUGGUGGGAGGAAAGCCAGAACGUGUCAUUGAAUGUAUAAAAGUGAUCCUGGAGCUGGUGUCAGAGGCGCCAAUCAAAGGUCGUGCCCAGCCUUAUGACCCUAAUUUCUACGAUGAGACAUACGACUAUGGAGGUUUCACCAUGUUAUUUGAGGAGAGAGGCAGACGACCCAUUGGGGGUUUCCCCAUUCGUGUGCGUGGGGGCUUUGAGCGAAUGCCCCCAAUUCGUGGCAACAGACCCAUGCCUCCCUCCAGAAGGGACUACGACGACAUGAGCCCCCGCCGGGGUCCUCCACCACCGCUGAGCAGAGGUGGACGAGGCGGCAGUCGUGCACGUAACCUGCCUCUUCCCCCGCCUCCGCCGCCAAGAGGAGGAUCAUAUAAACCAAACCACAGGGGAGACAGGUUCUCACAUGGCAGCUACCACGGCAGCAUGGACGACAGACCAAGUGACAGAAGAGGAAGAGGAGACCGUUAUGACAGCAUGAGUGGAGGCGGAUAUGACAACAAUUCUUCCUGGGAUCACUUUCAAUCUGGUGGCAGAGGGUCAUACAGUGACAUAGGAGGCCCUGUCAUCACAACACAAGUCACCAUCCCUAAAGAUCUGGCUGGUUCCAUCAUUGGUAAGGGCGGCCAGAGGAUCAAGCAGAUCCGCCACGAGUCUGGGGCAUCCAUCAAGAUUGAUGAACCACUAGAGGGCUCUGAGGACCGCAUCAUCACCAUCACAGGAACACAGGACCAGAUCCAGAACGCCCAGUACCUGCUGCAGAACAGUGUGAGGCAGUACUCUGGUCGGUUCUUCUAAGAAGAAGGAAGUGAAGAAGAAGAGCGAAGCCAUGCUGCCAUACUGUUUGCUCCGUCUAUUCAGAGCCUACAUUCCUCUGCUUUGGGUAGAUGUGCCCACUCCCCUCACUGUCACACACUACACCACCUAUCUAUACAUUGCUAAUUUUAUUUAGAGGAGUUUUGAAAAAUCUUAAGCUGUCAAACAGCAAACAAGGAGUCAACAACAUAUUCCGUGCAGGUGUAAUUAUUUUCUGGGAGAUCCUUGUGCCGUCAUUGGAGUAAACUCAUCUGUGUGAUAACUUUCUGUGUUGUGAGCCACCCCUGGCCCUUAUCUCCCUCAUUUCAGUACAGCAUGCAGAAUGUAAUCUUUUUUUAAGGAACAUGAUGUGAUUUUUAGUUUUUUUUUUUUUUUUUUUUCCCUCAACUGAUGAAGGACCCACUCCAAAUGAAGAUGCAUGGUGUCAAGAAUGGUUAAAGAGCCAUUUAAAUAAACUUUUAAUUUUUACACAAGAUUCAACAUCCUUUUCCACUUUCAAAUAAAGUGCUUUUUGUAAAAUGGGAGUUAAAGAAAUAGUUUGACAUUUUAGGAAAAGUGCUCUCUGGCUCUGAGUUUUAGAUGAGAAAAGUUCUUGGCUAUCCUAAGUAGGACUAACUUGCCAUGAAUUCUUAAUUAGGUUAAAUUAAGACUGAAACCGCACAGGGGCCCCAAAAGCUCAUAUCAUUUGUUGCUGCUGCCAACAGUUAUUCACAUAAAUCUGAUGAUUAUUUUAUUUUAUCAAUCAGUUGUUAAAUGUGAAAAAUGUCAGUAAAUAGUGAAAAAUACCUGUCAUUAUUCCUCGAAGCCCAAAUAAACCAACAGUCCAAACCUCCUAAAAUGUUUAGGUUACUGGAAAUAUAAACUAUCAAAAAUGACAUUAGUGUUUCUUGUACAAGUUUAUAUCUGUUCAUAUUAAUGAAGACUUUUAAUGUUCUAAUCAUUUAGUUGUACUGAAGUUUAAGCUCAUAGGCUGGAUAAAAGGCCCCUCUCUUAAAUGACAAUAAAAACUCAGCCACUGUUAAGACGAUUGGACGGGUUCCAGACUCUGGUUGAGCAACUUUUUGUCAGUGAGAUCUGUUAACAUAAAACGGCUAAAACAAUUGUCAUUCGUCGUUUUUGGGUUUUGUGUGGAUUUAGCAACAUUGAUGAGCCUCUGAGAUGUUGGUACUGUAGGUGGACCUUGUUACCCUUGGGCAGAGCUAGGCUAGCAGUUUCCUCCCACUCUCCAGUCUUGAUGAGACCUAGACCUCGAUGAGAGUAGUGUCUCAACUAGAUUAACUCGGCCACAACACAAUCAAACAUAUUUCCCAAAAUGUCAAAGUUUUUGCUUUAAGUUGGGAUAAAUGUGCCAGUGUGAUAUAUCAAAAAGAAAAUUUUAAAAACUUUUGUUUUUCACUGAAAGACAAGAAGCUGUAUAAAGUGUGUGUGUGUGUGUGUGUGUGUGUGUGCGUGUGUGUGUGUAUAUAUUUACAUAGAAACAGUUAAUUUCUGGGAGGGGGGGUUAGACUGGCCCAGACUACUUUCUACUUUCUUGGAAGGAGGUGGAGCUAAAAGACAGGUUUGUUAAUCUUCUUUUUUUUUCUCUAUUUGAUUCAUUUUCUGCCGCUCGCCUGGAUGGACUCGCUGUAAUGCAACUUUAACAUCUGACCUGUUAGAUCCAAUUAUUCUUACAUAAGUGUUUUUAAUUUGUAAGCACUUUUAAAAGUUUCUUUUUGUUUUGUUUAUUUUUGUUUGUUUUUUUUGUUUUUUUGAUGAUCUCUUAAGAUGCAGUUGGAUGUGAGCAGCGUGCAGCCUUGUGAGUCCAGAGUGGUGUUUUCUGUCUGGUCAUAUCUGUAUUUCUGUGUCUGAUAAUCUGUAGUACCUGCAGGUGUUGAGUAAAUAAAGUCUGUGUUACAGUUCUCCAAA